AUGACAAAUGCGGAUUUAAAUUCGGGUGAUAGAGGUAAUCCUGUUAUUUUACCAUCUUCACACACCGGAAGGGGGAGGAAUAUGUACGAGAUAUACCAGGAUUCGAUGACUAUUACACGUUUUCAUCACCAUCCAGAUAUUUUUCUUACAAUGACUGCAAACCCAAAUUGUCCAGAAAUAAAAAAUGCACUUUUACCCAAUCAGAGUGUCACUGAUCGUCCUGAUUUGGUGGCUCGAGUUUUUGAGCCGAAAAGAAAAGCAUUGAUGAAAGAAAUAAAGGAAAAAAAGGUGUUCGGCACGGUGGUCGCCCAUGUUUAUACCGUCGAGUUUCGAAAACGUGGGCUACCAUAUAUACAUGCUCUUAUAUUUUUGAAAGAUUCGGAAAAAAUUCGUACGACAGACAUGGUUAAUAAAUUUGUUUCGGCUGAAUUUCCUGAUGAGAAAAAUGACCCAAUACUGUUUGAUACCGUAAGCAAAUGUAUGGUUCAUGGUCCAUGUGGAGAGCGAGAUCCAUAUGCAGCGUGUAUGGAAAAAGGAAAAUGUACAAAAGGAUAUCCUAAGAAGUACACCGACACAACAACUUUGGACGAGGAGAGGAAUCAAUUAGUAAUGGUUGCUGGAAUUGGAUUUGUAAAGAGUGCAAACAAGAUUCCAUUUACUUUCAUGUUUACGUUUCAGAAGUAUCAUGGCUUAGUAACUGUUGCAGUAGCAUUACUGGUUGCAGUAUUCUUUACUAUUUGCAGAAGUGAAUAG